AUGAAGGGUCUCACUGUCGCGACUGCUUUGGCAGUGGCUAGCUUUGCCGCUGCUCAGCUUAAUCAGCUUGAUCAGUUGCCUAAGUGUGCGGUAUGUUGUCGCAUAGCGAGCUGGGACCCGAGUGGAGAGGAUGCUAACGUAGUUCGUAUGGUAGAUGCCAUGUAUCGACCAAUGCAUGUCAGCAUCGGGUUGUCAGUCCACCGACAUCGCGUGCCAAUGCGGUCCUGGACUCGAGAAGAUGAUGGAAGUCGCUCGCCCUUGUCUUUGCAAGAGCACUUGCACGCCGCAAGACUUUACGAGUACGUCCCGUAGGAAUCUGUUGGAGCAACGUGCGCUUACCACUUUCCACAGAGAUGGAGCAAGCCGCCAAUUCCAUGUGCGGCGAGGCCAUGAAAGCCGCUGGAAAGCCCUACACACCACUACAAAUGAGCGCCGACUCGUGCAAGGCCAUGGCUGGGAGUACAACACCGCUGCCUUCGUCCUCAGCAACUCCUGCUUCUGGAAACCAGCAGCAACAGUCUUCUUCUUCUGCUGCUGCUUCUCCUGCUACUGCUUCUCCUGCUACUCCUUCCCCUGCGAUGACGACUCCUGCAUCGUACGGUGGCGGAGUGAACAACAUGACGAAUGUGACCGGAACAGGGAGCGCGCCUGUGCCGAGCUACACGGGUGCUGCAGCAAAGGUUGGAAGCUUCAUCAGCCAGAGUGCGUUGGUUGCCGGACUAGGAUUCGGUCUGUUUGCACUCUAG